AUGAAUACCAUUACCAACAUCCUCUUCACCCUCCUCGCCUACCUCUCUCUCAUCGCCGCUCACCCGUCACAUGCCCGCCAUUACACGUCCUCUGCACACCUCGCUUCGCGCUCGGUCUUAGGAGAAGACCCCAAGCAUUUCUGGAUCGGCUUUGGAGUUGGCUGUAUCUUUGUGCCGCUCCUCGGACUCAUUGGAUGGCUUGUGGUUGGGAGACUCAAGAAGUGGUGGGAUAGCUUCGGUAUACAUCUUCAUAUGGCUUUUUUGAAACUCGUGUUCUUGUUCUUGGUGAGGGUUCUCGUGGGUGCAAGUGCAGACCAAGGCUCGUUGGCCAAUUGCCUAGUGAACUCUAUUGUUUCUUUGAUAUUACUUGAAUCCAAGCCCGAAUCAUUAAGCCACAGCAUUAUAUCGAGCUCGACAGCUCAUGGGUCACUGUCCUGUGUCGAGCCACUCGAUUUCAACAUUACUGUUUCUCAUAAAGACAUUCGAAGAAGCCGUUUUGAAACAGAAUACUCCGAGAUGGUGGCUAAAGCCAUGGAUGACGAUGAUGAGGAAGACCAUGAUGUAUUGUGUGAAUGGAUUGUGGACCCAUGCCUUCCAUACUUCCGUGAGAAUACAUCGAACGUCCCCAAAGAAAUCACCUUCAAAGAUUUUUAUUACCCACCGACUCAUCAUUUGCAGCUGUUGAUGUUGGGAUCCUCACUUUAUCCCAAGGGCACUCGAGAUCGCGGGACUAUGGAUGCUUUCCGUCUGAUGAUACCGUCCCGAGACCUUCCACCUUUCUCUGAAGUUCCUCGUUCGAAAGCAUCGGAUCUUCGAAUCGUUUCGGAUACACAAUGGGACGAUUAUAUGUCCGAGAUACCUCAAAAAGCUAUUCUUAGUGACGGUACUUCCAGGUUCUUCAAGCCUGCGGACGAUAAGAAGCAACUCCUCAGAGAAGUCGAUAUGCAUUUGCGUAUUCGCCAUGCCGGAUUACAGGACAAAAUCAAAGUAGCCAAUCUACACAGCAUCGUAGUAUCUGACGACGCCAAGAUGACGAUCGGUCUUCUAUUGGACCUCAUACCUUCAACCGGCGACUCAUUAUAUAGCCACAAGAACAGCGCGUUAGCUUCCAAGUAUCAUGCAAGGUGGAAGCAGCAAAUUACAGCUACUGUUAAGCAGUUACAUUCUCAUGGUCUUGUGUGGGGUGACGUUCAUCCGGGGAAUAUUGUCAUUGAUACUAGCUUUAACGCCUGGGUUGUAGACUUCGGCGGUGGGUCUAUUGUGGAGUUGGUUCCGCGCAAGAAAGCAGGAACGAAGGAUGGGGACUGGUAUGGAGUUGGAAAAAUCUUCGAUGAAUGGAUAUUCGAGAACAACAAAAAGACUUAG